AUGACAAUCGGCUGGGCCCCCAUCCUGGCGCUUGUCUUGAUGCAGGUGACCGGCGAUGACGAACGGGAGGGCUCGAGCGAAAGCGAGAUGCAGGAGUCGGACGCCAAGAAGAAGGAGAAGAAGGCCGGCUGCUCAAAAGAGAAAAAGGAGGGAAAGCCCAAAGUCGAGAUCAAGCAGGACAUGAUGAGCAAGUACAACAACACACAUCAUCAGCCGAGCGUCUCCACUCAGAAGACCGCCCACCCUUUGCCACGCCCGCGUAUGCUGAUCAUGUUCCAUCGAACGCUGAAGCAAUACGCUGUCACGCUGGAGACAAUUCAUCAUCUGCUCCUCGUCAGGCCCUGGGCAUUCGGUUUCGUGAGCAGGCCGUACACGCUCACCUUUCUUCCGAUCCAGAACUGCUCGCUGACGAUGCACCGCGCCGCCAUGGUGCUCCUCCCGUUCACAAUCCCGGAACUGCCCCACUUCGUCUACACCAGCAUGCCGCCACAAGAACUCGGUGAAGAGACCUCGCCUCGAGAUGGCAACGACGAAUCGGGCGGCACGUCAUACACUCCAGUUCUCCUGCCACCAACAGGACGCCAGCCACAGGGACGGCAUCGCGCGGAGCCGGUGGCUCCGUCAUACUCCGAUCUGGGGCUCCCAGCUGAAGUGCCCGAAUGCUACGUCUGCGACUCGGAACCGGGCACCCUCGUACUGCUACAGCAGCGGAUCGGAGUGAAGUGUCUCAACGCGCGAAACUACUACCUCCAGAAGCCGCUCGAGAAGCGGGCCCACAAGAAGAAGUGCCCACACAAGGACUUUGACAGCUCCCAGCUGCCAACGGACCCGGAGCUGCCACGCACCACCUUGAGAGAGAGCGCUGCGACCGGGUGUGGCUUCUGCCGCGUGCUCGUCAUCCAACAGCUCCAAGUCUCCUUCGCCAUCUAC